UAUAUAUAGUAUAGAUAAGGUCAGCUACACGUACAAUAUUAGACAUGAUCCAAUUCGUCAGCAAGAAGGAUUAAAGGACACAAGUGUAGGAAUGAGCGUCUUCAAAUAUGUCGCAAUUGUAGCCAUUGCGUUGGUUUGUCUUAUCAGAACAGGAAGUUGUGCUCACAAUGGCACCGAUCAUGGACCCCGUCCACCACCACCACCAUCACCUACGAGAGACCAUGCGAAUACACAAAGCCCCGAUGCUGGCCUCUCUGAUGCAGAGAUAGCCGGUAUCGUGAUUGGAAGCGUUUCCGCCGUCGCGGCAGUUGUCGGAAUCGGAGUCGCGUACCACAAUUGGACAUUGAAGGCUGGAAACAGCAAACGAGAAGGAAUAAGCAACAGUUGUUGUGCUUGUAUAAUAACCAUAGGAAACACGAAGCCUUUGCCUAAUCUAAGUCCACCGUCGUAUGCGGAAAGCACCAUGACAAGUCCAAUUUCGUGUGACACGAUUUAUCACUCGUUUCGAGAAUUUCCUAAAUUCACUUAAUAACUAAGAAAUAUAUAUCUAAAUGUUUUCUCUCUCCAAAAAUAUACGAAGUAACGAAAUGGCAUAAUUAACCAAAUGUGUUGAGAAUAUAUUUUAUUUGAAGUGCAUCUGUUAAAUUGUUCAUCUAUAUUCUGCUCGUUUUUUCAUCGCCUUUGUCAGCAAAAUGACUGUUUAAUGUUUGUUUGUAACAACUGAUUAUAUUUCUAAGAGCUUACUACUAUGUAAAGUUAUCUUUGAUUGUAUACACUAGUUUUAUUAUGAUUGUUUCGACUCGUUCAAAAAUUCUUGAUGUUAAACAGUUAGUUUGUGCAUAACAUCGAAUACGUAAUGCUAUGAAUAGUCAUGCAAUUAAACAAAAAAUGUC